UGCCGCUUGCGCGCGCCGUCAACCUCGGUCACGCGCCAAGAAUGCGAAUCUGACCAAUCAGACUCCGGUUUGAUGACAUAACAAACCGCAGAACGUAGUAAUUGGAAAAUGGCCGUUCUACGUCCGCAGAGGGUAACGAAGCCGCGGCAGUUGCAGGAGAGACGGCAGUGCUAGAGAGUCUGGGAUAGGCGAGCUGUGAGGCGGCAGAUCGUUGCGUGUGGCCAUCUCGAGUCCUCAGUCUCGCUCGUUGGUCGCCGAUCCUGCGUACGAGGGCCCCCGAAAGAAAGGGGGUGUGACACGCGCUCGAAGAUUGAUGCAGUCGUCUCUCGGACGGGCUCAGUUUCUCUGAAAUCGACGAUACGGCCACCACUCCGUUCUUCUGCAUGGUGUCAGUAGUGUAUAUAGCCCCGCACCCCGUACUAUAAUACUCGUUCAAAGGACUCACUUCGCGCGUUCGGGGUAUAUACACUACCUAGCUGCGGCGUCCAUGAUGUUGCGCCAAUUUGUCUACCAAAACGGCCAGUCAAGAGCGCUAGAGACGGACCCUUAUCACUUUUUGGAGAAGCUGGAUUCCGGUGAGUCCACUGUUGGUGUUAUUACCAGCCUACAGCUGGGACUGAUGUACCCAUUGCAUUGCAAUUGGGAAGUAAAGCACACUUUUUUCUCAAACUUCCUCUCCAACUCAUAGUGUCACAUCCCCACCUCAGGGAACUGGCUCCACUCCCUCACGGACAGAUUUGUCCGUUUUGUCAGAAAUGUGCAUUCACCCAUUCAUGUGUGUAAGACACGUAUCCGGUUUUUAGUAACUUGCAUAAUGCGUACUUGAUGCAGUGGUACAUUGAACUGUAACAUAAUUUCUCUCUCUCUCUCAUUACAUGUGCAGCCACCCUAGCAGAGCUGGCUCAUGGGGAAUACCAGCAGGGGAACUACGACUAUUCAGAGCAAUUGUGCAUGGAGCUGUGGAACAGAGAGCCAGACAACACAGGCUGCCUUCUGCUACUCUCCUCCAUACAUUUCCAGUGCCGGAGAUUAGACAAGUCUGCCCAGUUUAGCACCCUAGCCAUCAAAAAGAACCCUCUCCUGGCGGAGGCCUAUUCAAACCUCGGCAACGUGUUCAAAGAGAGAGGACAGCUGCCCGAAGCUCUGGAACACUACCGUCGCGCAAUCCAACUCAAACCCGAGUUUGUGGACGGCUACAUUAAUCUCGCCGCAGCGCUUGUGGCCGCCAACGAGCUACACCAGGCAGUGGAGGCCUACAUGACAGCUCUCAAGUACAAUCCUGAUUUGUAUGGUGUUAGGAGUGACUUGGGUAACCUUCUAAAGGCCCUCGGUCAACUCGAUGGAGCUAAAAGCUGUUAUAUGAAGGCCAUAGACUCCCAGCCUGCAUUUGCAGUGGCAUGGAGCAACCUCGGCUGCGUGUACAAUGCACAGGGAGAAAUAUGGCUCGCUAUUCACCACUUUGAGAAGGCAGUUCAGCUGGACCCGUCGUUCCUGGAUGCCUACAUCAACCUGGGCAACGUGCUGAAGGAGGCCAGGAUAUUCGACAGAGCUGUAGCUGCUUAUCUCCGUGCCCUCAGCCUCAGUCCCAACCACGCCAUAGUUCACGGGAACCUUGCGUGUGUUUACUACGAGCAAGGACUCAUCGAGUUAGCAGUAGACACUUACCGAAGAGCCAUUGAGCUCCAACCUCACUUCCCGGAUGCCUACUGCAACCUAGCCAACGCUCUGAAAGAACAGGGAAAGGUAGCAGAGGCAGAGGAGAACUACCGGACAGCUCUCCUGAUGGAGCCGAAACACGCAGACUCUCUCAACAACCUGGCAAACAUCAAAAGAGAGCAAGGUCUUAUUGACGAGGCCGUCACUCUAUAUAGAAGUGCUCUAGAGAUAAACCCAGAGUUCGCAGCAGCCCACUCCAAUCUAGCCAGCAUCCUCCAGAUGCAGGGGCGACUCCAGGAGGCCCUCUGCCACUACAAGGAGGCCAUUAGAAUCCACCCCAACUUUGCCGAUGCCUACAGCAACAUGGGCAACACUCUCAAGGAGAUGCAGGACAUCAACGGAGCAAUGCAGUGCUACUCCCGUGCGAUACAGAUUAACCCCGCCUUUGCCGACGCCCACAGCAACCUGGCAUCCAUCUACAAGGACUCAGGGAACGUUCUAGAAGCAAUCUCCUCGUACAGAAUGGCCCUCAAGUUGAAGCCCGAUUUCCCCGAUGCCUUCUGCAACCUUGCUCACUGCUUGCAGAUUGCGUGUGACUGGACGGACUACGAAGACAGGAUGCAGAAGAUUGUUCAGGUGGUGGACGACCAGUUGGCAAAGAACAGACUUCCCUCGGUCCAUCCUCACCACUCCAUGCUGUACCCUCUCACCCACGAGCAGAAGAAGGGCAUCGCAGCUCGACAUGCCUCCCUCUGCAUUGAGAAGGUGGCCACACUCCACAAAACACCCUACACAUUCCCCAAGACUCUGGCUGCCAGCGGAGGAGGAGGAGGAGGAGGAGGAGUAAGACUGCGCAUCGGCUACCUGUCCUCUGACUUCUGCAACCACCCCACCUCCCACCUCAUGCAGAGCAUCCCCGGGUUCCACGACCAGAUCUCGGUCGAGAUCUUCUGCUACUCUCUCUCCGUCGAUGACAACACCAGCUUCAGGAAAAAGAUAAGCACCGAGUCUGAGCACUUUGUCGACCUGUCUAAGAUCCCUGACAAUGGCCAGGCGGCGGACAGGAUCAAUUCCGAUGGAAUCCACAUUCUAGUCAACAUGAACGGCUACACAAAGGGAGCAAGGAAUGAGAUAUUUGCCCUCAGACCAGCUCCAAUACAGGUCAUGUGGCUGGGUUACCCAGGCUCCAGUGGCGCGGAAUACAUGGAUUACAUCAUCACUGACAAGGUGACCUCCCCCAUCAACCUCACCCAGCAGUACUCCGAGAAGCUUGCCUACAUGCCGCACACGUUCUUUGUCGGAGACCAUCGCUACAUGUUCCCUCACCUUCUCAGCACGGGCAACGGGACGACAAACGAGGAAGCCCUGCGCUCCAUCGACUCGCAGGCAGGAGUCAUUGUCAUCAAGGGCAAGAUCCAAAAACCAACACAUCCGGUCGCGGUCACAAUGAAACAACUUCAGCAGCAGCAGCAGCUGCAGCAGAAACAGCUGCAGAUUCAGCAGGCCUCCACGGUCCAAGUCCCCGUUCAAAUGCUGCCCCAGCAGCUGCAUGCGAUGCAGCAGAACUUGUCGCUCAACAUGCUCCAGGCUCAGUCACUGCUGAUGCACCCGCAGCUGGCUUCGUCCAUUCUUCAACAGCAGCAACUACAGCAGCAGCACCACACCUAUCUACUGGCCCAGCAGCUCCAGCAACAACAACAACUGAAACAACAACAACAACAACAACAAAUGCAGCAACAACACCACCACCAACUACAAAUGCAACAACAAAAACAACAACAACAGCAACAGCAAUUAGUGACAAUACCCUCACCGCAUGCGCAGACCCCAACACAACAGCCUCCUCCGCCGAGCGUGGAGGCUCCCUAUUUAAUGCCCACCGACUUCCCUCUCACCACCCGGACCCAGUACGGUCUCCCGGAGAACGCAAUCGUCUUCUGCAACUUCAACCAGCUCUACAAGAUCGACCCCGCGACCUUUGAAAACUGGGCGACUAUUCUCAAACAGGUCCCAAACAGCGUGCUCUGGCUCCUUCGGUUCCCGGCAGCUGGCGAGGCAAACGUGAUUAACACUGCCAAUAAACUAGGGGUGCCCCAGGGACGGAUAAUCUUCUCACACGUGGCCUCGAAGGAGGAGCACGUACGUCGAGGCCAGUUGGCGGAUCUCUGCCUCGACACGCCGCUCUGCAACGGACACACGACAGGGAUGGACAUUUUGUGGGCGGGGACUCCGGUCCUGACGUUGCCCCUGGCAACCCUCGCCUCACGGGUGGCGGCCUCUCAGCUGAUGGCCCUCGGGUUCCCGGAACUGGUGGCUGGGUCGCGAGAGGAUUAUGUGCAGAUGGCUGUCCGGUUAGGGACUCACCCAAGAGAGCUGGCAAAUCUGCGAUCACGAGUACAGGAGGCACGCAUGACGGCACCGCUCUUCGACACCGAGCUCUAUGCUAGGGACCUAGAGAAGCUAUUCCGACGGAUGUGGGACCGUUACGAACAGGGGCUUCCCCCCGAUCACCUCCUCAAUGAAUAGACGAUUCGACUGCACACGAAAUACACACAAACGUACACCUGAACAAGAGAACAAUUGAUGAUGUCGAUUGAUAGACAUCUGUGUACAGACCUGUAUAUUUCACUGUACAUUAUUAUUUGUUUGUUUGUAUUAUAUGUACAUAUGUGUGUACAUAACUAACUGUACCGUCACAUCUGUAUAUACACACAUUUGAUUUCACUCCACAUCACAAUCCCCACAAACACACACACCUGAUCGAUUCAUAAUGCGCAAGCCCCCAUCUUCAUGGUUGUGUUCCUUCACAGUCCCCGCAAUUUUUCAUACGUAAGUCGCAAUCUGAAAGACCUUUUAGUAUAAGAGUAGUCAUGUAUAUACAUAAUUUAUUACUAUGUCGAAAACGGUAAUACCAAGCCAUGAUAUGAUACACAAGUGAAAUAUCUGUGCAUAAUAUGCCUCCCAUUUUAACAGUCGGAAAAUAUGAAGAAUAUAUAAUUAUAUACAACUUGUACUGAGCUAAUAUGAAAAGCACUAAAGUGCAAACCCUCGGCACACUCUAUAGAAAUGUG